UGGCGCGCUGUCUGGCUGUAGGCGAUGAAGUGGUCACGCUCGGAGUCCGAGGCAAGGUUCUGAAGGUCGUUCCGGCCUCUGGCGCCGCCCUCCUUCAAGUGCAUGCCACCUCGACAACUAGAUGGGCCUUUCUCCAUGAAAUCAAUGUUUUGUCUGCAUCUAUUGUGUGGACUCCGUCGCGGUUUCCCUCCAUGCUGCAAUGCUUUCAAGUCCAAGGCAGCUUAACGUGCAACGAGAACUUAAUCCUCUUCCUGCAUGGGCUUGGAGACACCCACGAGAGCUUAUUUACCCUUGGCCAAGCCAUGCAGUUGCCCCAGACUGCAUUCGCAUCAUUUCGCGCACCCCAUGCCCUUCCAUUUGAGCUCGGAUACGCGUGGCUCGAUCCAUCCCUCGAUAGAAAGGGCGAAGUCCUUCCUCACCACGUUUAUGACCCAAAGCGACUUCACAGCCUAGAUCAAGUCGUUGCUGUGUGGAUGGACGUCCUUUCAAUGCUACAGAUAGUGUACAAUUGGCCACUCCAUCGGAUCUUCCUGAUGGGGUUUGGCCAUGGCGGCACGGUCGCAUUGCAUGUAGCAGCUGCAUGCCGCCAACGCCUCGGAGGUGUCGUGAGUGUGUCUGGUGCGCUAUUGCGCCCCACUUGCGCAUUAACGAGUGCGACGCCGGGUCUGAUGCUCCAUAGCACAUGUGAUCCACUCAUUCUCACUGACGUGUUCCAAGCCACAGCCACCGCCAUGCCACUCGUCAAGACAAAGUGCUUUGAUUACUUCCCCAUUGGCCUCUCCAACCAGGACGAAAUGCGGGCCAUCAUGCAGUUUUACGACGAGAAUUUGUACCUGCGCAACUUGGCGCUGGAGCAGCAAGCUGAUGUGUUUGAACUGUGAUAUCCCUUCACGGACAUAUGAAAACGGAGGGGUCACUUUGUGUCGCCAACCCCGACACGUCCCCAUCCAGUGCACACAAUGCAAACGUAAAGUCUGCUGCAGAUGUGCGGGAGGCGAUAGCUCGAGAUCACAUCGAAGCAGCGCCUUGUGCGAUGGUGACAGCGGUGUCUAAAUUGUUGAAAAUUUAAUCCAUCGUUGAUCGAAAA